CAUCUAACAUUACUCUGCUCUUUGUCGCGCUACUGUCAUCAAUACUUACAAAAUUCUUCUUUUAAUACAUCGGUUUGAAUAGAAACUCUAUUUCAUGUUCCAUUUAAAAUCUGACACAUCUCGAAAUUCCUCAUUUUAAGCACAUUAUUUUCUCAACACCCAAAAAACUGCACAGUUUUCAAGUUAAAAAACAGAAAAAUUUCUCUGUUUUCCCCUGUUUUUUUAGUAUAUCAAAACUUCCACUAUGUCUCAAAUUCUUGAAGACGUGAAUAGCUGGAGCUUCAUACAAUUCCUCAACAAGCCUUCUUCCUACCAUUAUCAACCCGAUUAUAAAGAAGACGAUCACGUCUACAUUCACCCCUCAACGAAGCUAUCUUCUCUCGUCAUGAACACGAGAAGCUUAGAGAUGUGCACAGAGAGCUUAGGAAACGAGACGGGUUGUUAUUUCAACGAAAACGUGGAUGAAAGGGACAUUUUUCGUGGCGUUCAACGAUCAAAAUGUCGAGAAUUCAAGAAAAGAAUUAAAAGGACAGUGAAUUUCCCGCCUCCCCUGACUUCAAUCAGUGGAAAUGAGAGGACUAGAAUAAGAUCUCAUAGUGAAGGUGAUCGUUUAGUGUUAAGAGCUGUAAGCAUACAUGCCUGCAGCUCUUAUUUCAAAGCAGAGCGUGCUAAUGGCACGCUCACGCUUUCGUGGCGAAAUGAUGGUACUAAUCAUAAUGUUGCAAAAAUUGCUCAAGUUGAAAAUGGUGAAGAGACAAAUAGUUGGAGAAAAUUACCAAGUGAAAUUGGAAUACCAAGAAGAUGCAAAGAAAAAAGUGGAAGUAGAAUUAAAGGGAUUUCAAGUUGGGGUCAAUUUUGGGUCGCCAUUUCCUAAAAAUACUAUAUAUUAUAACGGUGUUGUUCGAACCAUCUUAGCGUAAUGCUACCAUAUAUUUAGUUGUUUAAUAUCCCUUUUUCUUCUAGGGAAUGUAUCUCAACUUUUCACCGGUGAUGAGUUACCAUUUAUUUUGAUUUUCUACUUGAUAUUUGA